GUAAACUACAACUCCCAGGAUGCUCGGCGGUUGGAGAGGCAGGCGGCUAAUUGAACAGUGAGGCCCAGGCUGUGGCCGUGGUCUUGGUCUUGUUUGGGAUUCUGAAGUGCCGGGUUGACUUUGUGAUAAGAUGCCUGGGCGGCCGACCAUCAUGCCUGUAAUAUCCUUAAGCUCUGUGGAUUCUGCAUUGUCUUCGCUGAAAGCUUGUCAUGUGUCAAUCAGUUCUGGAAUUGAGGUCACAACUGAUGUCGCACUAGCCCUUAUAGAGCAUGAAGGCAAUGUGGAGGAAGUAAGGAAAAUGGAAAAGUUGAUGCUGGACUAUGUAUCCAUGGAUCGAGAACUUGAACAAUUCAUACAAGUUGUUGAAGGCGUCACAAAUCAGGUAAUGCAAGAACGAACAGAACGAUUGCCUGAUUUGAGAUUACUAGUAGAUAAAAGGUUUAAAGAACUAAAAAAUCUGAACAAAGAUGAAGAUCUACUCAAAACUGAUAAAUAUCUCCAUUUUAAAAGUCAGCUGAAUGAGAUGAGAAGGCAAGUUGGUGCAGAGUCACAGAGCGAGAGCACUUCAGCCAAUGAGAUUGAUGAGGACAUUGCAGUGACCCAGAGCCAAAGGAAUUUCAUUUGCCCCAUUACACAGAGAGAAAUGGAAUGCCCUGUGAAGAAUAAAGUUUGUGGUCAUAGUUAUGAAGAGGAAGCCAUAAUAAAAAUAAUUCAAACCAAGCACAAACAAAGGAAGAAGGCGCGGUGCCCAGUUGUUGGGUGCGAUAAUGGAGAUCUGAAACAACUUGAUCUUUCAACGGAUACUACCCUGAGGAGAGCUAUUGAGAAUCACAGAAGGCGCCAAAAACCAUGAUUCCUGGUCACAGAUAUAGCAGGCAAUUGCAAUGAAAAAGAUUUUGUCAGAUCUACGAGAAAGUUAUGCUGUGAGAUUAAUCACAGACAAUUAAACUAUUUGACCAAAAUUUAUGCUGUGUUAUAU